UGUUGGGGACGAUUUUGUUAGUCAUUAAACGGGAGCAGUUUGCAGUGCCUGUGGUCGUCAUGUCUGGUCGUGGCAAACAGGGAGGCAAGACUCGCGCCAAGGCCAAGUCGCGGUCGUCCCGUGCAGGUCUGCAGUUUCCGGUGGGGCGAGUGCACCGCCUGCUGCGCAAAGGCAACUACGCCGAGCGGGUGGGGGCCGGCGCGCCCGUGUACAUGGCGGCAGUUCUUGAGUACCUGACCGCCGAAAUCCUGGAGCUAGCGGGCAACGCGGCCCGAGACAACAAGAAGACGCGCAUCAUUCCUCGUCACCUACAGCUGGCCAUUCGUAACGACGAGGAGCUGAACAAGCUGUUGGGCAAAGUUACCAUCGCCCAGGGCGGCGUUUUGCCGAACAUCCAGGCUGUGUUGCUCCCCAAGAAGACGGAGAGCCACCACAAGGCAAAGGGCAAGUGAGGCCGGUCUCGGGAAGCCCUCCCAAGCCCCCUACUCGAAGGGGCACCUCUGAAAUCAAAGGCUCUUUUCAGAGCCACCCACUUUUUCAAAUAAAAAGAGUUGUUCUAACA